CCUCCAUCAUUUGUGCUGUCUGAGGAACAAGAGACACUGAGAGACAGAGAGAUAGACAGAGCGAGGGAGAGCGAGAGGACAGAUCUAUCACCAUGAUGCAGGUCGUGCUGUUGUGCCUCUUUGGCUCCCUCACUGCUCUUCCUGUUUCCCAGGUGGAGGAGAUGCAGUCUGGAAGUGAGGAUUUUAAAGUCACCAGAGCAGCUGAUUCAGUCUCAGUGAUGAGUUCCUCACCAAGCAGCACUCUGCUCCCUCUUCCUCAGAAGUUCUGGCGUUCUCCCGGGAGAACCCACACUCAGCUUGUGACUCCUGAGGAGAACUUCAUUCCUGUAUCUGAGCAGCAUCUGGAAGUCAUGACCCCGAACCCCACUGUGCCUAAAAUGGGAGCCAAACCCCUGAGAGGCGCUAUGACUCGCCCUACUGAGGUUCCUGCUGGUCCAAGUGUUACAGAGUCCACAGAGCCGAAUCCCACCGGAAUCCCACCACCUUCGACUGUGACUGCUCAACCCAGUGAACUGAACUACAGUACUGUAAACAUCAGCCAUGACACCUCACUUCCUGUCUCAGGUUUUAAGGGAAAGGAAUUGAAGCAUGCUCGCAUCAGGCCUCGGAGCGCUGAGGAUGCAGAGAACAAUGAGGAUGCAGAGAACACAAAGAAUGAUGGAGAGAAUAAGCGCAACACUGCCACCUCUGGUAAAGGGAAGAAAAAUACAGCAAAGGGAGGAACAAAAGCAACAAAUGAAGCAUUGAACAGAGGAAAGAAAGAAACAGGAAAUGGACAGAAUGCAAAAACAGAGAAGGUCCAAAGUUCAGAUUUUAGCUUUGAGUUUGAUGGUUUUGGAUGGCUAGGUGACGACCCUGGAAACGCCCAAACAAUACAAGGACCAAACAGCCCCGGUGACUCAAGCUCAAGCUCCAGUUCAAGCUCAAGUUCAUCAAGUGAAUCAAAAGACUCUAGUAGCUCCAGUGAGUCAAGUGACUCAAGUAAAUCUUGUGAUUCAAGCAAGUCCAGCAGCUCAAGUGACUCAAGUGACUCUUGCAAUUCAAGCGACUCCAGUGAUUCAAGUGACUCAAGUGAUUCAAGUAAGUCUUGUGAUUCAAGCAAGUCCAGCAGUUCAAGUGACUCAAGUGACUCAAGUGACUCUUGCAAUUCAAGCGACUCCAGUGAUUCAAGUGACUCAAGUGAUUCAAGUAAGUCUUGUGAUUCAAGCAAGUCCAGCAGCUCAAGUGAAUCAAGUGACUCAAGUGACUCUUGCAAUUCAAGCGACUCCAGUGAUUCAAGUGACUCAAGCGAUUCAAGUAAGUCUUGUGAUUCGAGCAAGUCCAGCAGCUCAAGUGAUUCAAGUGACUCAAGUGACUCUUGCAAUUCAAGUGACUCCAGUGAUUCAAGUGACUCAAGUGAUUCAAGUGACUCAAGUGAUUCAAGUAAAUCUUGUGAUUCGAGCAAGUCCAGCAGCUCAAGUGAUUCAAGUGACUCAAGUGACUCUUGCAAUUCAAGCGACUCCAGUGAUUCAAGCAGCUCAAGCAGCUCAAGUGAAUCAAAGGAGACACCUGUAGUUCAUCACAGUUCAUCCAACUCCAGUGAAUGAAUCAGAAAGGCAACCGAAUCUGUUUUACUGAAUCAGAAUCAGAAUCAUUUCCUCUCAGUUUGCAUGAUAUUACAUGAUAGCGGUAGCUAACAGAUCAUACAGCUAUUUAGUUUAUCUAAUCUAUUUUUUUUUCAUCCAAAUUAUUUUUCUUUUUGUGUACUCUAUUCAAAUAAAUAUUGUUAUAA